AUGAACAAAGGAGAUGAUUGUCUUCCAAAAUUCUUCAAAGUGUACCUACCUGAUGAUUCAGGAGAUGAUCUGGAAUUACCCAUUUCUUUCAACAGAUACAUAUCAAUGUCUUUGCCUACAAACGUAACUGUUAGUAGCAUUUAUGGAAAGAAUUGGAGAAUGGCGUUGAGGAAAUGCAGUGGUGAUGUUGACAAGUAUGUUCUGGUCAAUGGCUGGAAGAGAAUCGUUAAGGACGAAGGUCUCAUUGGUGGUGAGUUCUUGGCUUUCGAGUUUGAUGGCUCUCGGUUCUUCAAUUUCUGUAUCUUCAAACGUGACACAAUGUGUAAAAGGCUUAGAACAAGUUCAGUGUCGGAAGGUGAAGAAGAUGCUAGAGAUUAUUUGGAUGAUUGCACUAACCCGUCCUUUCCUGUGAGACUAAACCCGAAGAAGAAAAGCCAAUUGCACAUACCGGCUCGGGUUAUUAAUGACUACAAAUUGAACUUCCCUGAGAGUAUAACUGUCGUCGACCCACUAACGAAAAAGUUUGGGACAUUGGAGAAGAAAAUCAAGAUUCAGGUGAAUGGCACCGUCUUUGUCAAGGAUUUCGGAAGCGUAUUCAGAAGGAAUAAUGUGAAGGUGACGGAUAAAAUGGUGUGCGAGUUGAAGAAGACGGGAAACAAUCUCGUUCACACCAUCAAAAUCUACAUAAUCAAUGGAUGA